AUGGCGUCGAAUAGAAGUCUUUUCAGCGGCCCAGGUGAAGUAGAGAACGAAGAAGAACUGUUGACAGAAUCGUCGAUAGUAUUUGAGGACGAGCAAUCAGAAACUGACAUUUUUAGCUUGGAGCAAGGCCGAGAAAGCAACUCCUCAGCGAAACCUUCCUCGCUUCGACCUUUAGAGGCUCAACAUGUCGCUCCUGCUGUGCCAAUCAAGGUUUUCACUGGAGCUCCUCUCCAAGAAUACAAGCCUCUACGGAAGAAAUCGAAAGAUGCUUCUAGUCAUUCGCAAAAGACAACUUCGUUUCAUCUUGAUUUGGAUGAGCUUCCAAAGCACUCAAAUAGAAGCAAGUAUUCUACAGUCAGUGCGGAUAAUCAAUCGACCGAUCAAUCCAAGGGAAGCAGACCUUCCUUUCUUACUAGCAAUACAGACAUUCAAUCCACUGAAGGAUGCAAAAACGAAUCAGUUCGAAGCAAAAUCUCUUUGAUGAGCACCGACAUGCAUUCUACUGAUUACUCGUAUCGGAGCAACACUUAUAGCCAACGUACUGGAUUUGAAUCUCCUUCGGCCCAUAGGCCCGCAAGCCUCUUUCCAGUGAGUGAUGUGGAUAGUGCGGACAGCGGAUCUGGAACGCCCGUGAAUUACUUUCCUACCAAGUAUCGUAUGCAAAAGUCCUUGAGAUCCCUUGACACCACAAGCGUCCCACAUCCUUACCAAGAGUCGUCGACUUCGCCGAUAUCCGCAAUUUCGGGAGGAGGAGUUUCUCACACAAUGUCCACGCCGUCACCAUCGAAUCAAAGUCAUAGCACCAGUUACAGCCGCUUGAGUCACAUGAGUGCCGAGUCCAGAGGAUCUUCUGUCAUGUCCUAUCGAUCGUCAACGAGCAAGAGUUUGUUGUUCGGAGAAGUUAUCAAUCUGGAAGGUGUGCGACGACCACAGAAUUCCGGCCAGAAGGCCAAGCACUAUGGCAAUUUCAUCACUCAAGACCACAAGGAUCUGGAAGGACAAGAAGGAUUUGUUGGCAUGGAAAUCGGAGGAGCAGCUGGAGAUAACUCCAAAACACGGAGGGCCCUUCCAUUUGGAACACAACAGGAAAAUUAUCUUCCAAAUGGUGUCUCGGCACGGUUCUUUUUAGACAUGAUGAAAGACGCCAGAGACAUUGGAAAUACAACGCAUUUGGGAUUCCAAUCAAUUCGAGAGCGCCUCACAGAAAUGUCCCAAAAGCUUUUGCAUUAUUAUAGUCCUCCGCUUUCGCCUAGAACAAAGGCACUGAAGGAUCUACAAUUCCUGCAACAAGCGCAUCGAGAAAAGUUUGGCAGGUUUGUGGUGGACGAUGACGAUUCGGAAGAUCAUUGGGACUUUGCACUAGUAUUGACUCCGCAAGAAGCCUAUCGCUUCUGGAGCGCGCUGUUGGACUUUAGAGCAGAAUAUCUCGGAUUUGAAGCCCUGGAAAACAUGGAACCAUCCUUGAAAUCAAACUCCACAGACACUACUGACAAAUCACAGUCCAACAACUCGGCAGGGAAUGAAACUCGAACUCCUGGCUUUUUCACCCCAACCAGUGGAAUUAAGCGUCGACGAGGAAGGACACCACUAUCCGAAAAUAGAACGCAUCUACGUUCUGCUGCUAAGGCUAUGUUUCCUUCCGGUGAAACACCAUUAACAAUGCGGAUAAAACAACGCAAGAGUAUGUUUGAAAAAGCUGUUAGUGGCAUUCAAGAUACCCCGUUGAUUUCUGGAAAGUCCAGUGUCGAGUCUACUCCCUUGACAAACGAUACUCGUUUGUCCGAACCAUCCACUGUGCGCCGUCGAUGGGGGAACCAGACUCAGGGAACUUCGAUGAAGAACCUGCUGUCACCGCCCACGAGAUCUUUGACACGAGGGGCAUCAUCUGUUCAACGAAUGAGAAUCAAUACUAGUAGCUUGUCCUUGAGGACGUCAACGAGAACCUUGGAUUUGAAUGGAGGAGAAGGUAGUAAUUCGGAGAAUACGAAUCCAAAUGUCAUCAUGAGUGAAGAAGACAUACCCAACCCAGUAAUUCCCCGAGGAAUUGCUGCCAGAACCAAUGGGUUGCUACGCUUCCUCUCCGCAUUACAGCGAGGAAUUGUUCUGCGAAGACAUCGAUCGAAUAAGGAGGCUGUGUUCUGCAAAAUCUUUUCGGAAGAUGGCGGUGACACGAUUCAGUACCAAAUCAUUGAUCCGGAAGAUGCCAUGGUAGCCUUCAAAGAACAACGAGUGCGCCACAACAAACACUUGACGCACAGCUCUUCUCCAACAUCAGUGAGAGCAGUGACUCGAGAUUGGGCCUGCCUUGAUGGACCUGGUGAGGGAAGUGAUAUGCACAAAUUCCAGGUUCCCGACCACAUUGCAGCACAACGAUACCGUCAGCGUUUGUCCAAGGAACAUGCGUUCUCAAAGCGAGUUAUCGAUCUUGCCUCAAAAGCAGCGAAUAGUGGAGUAGUGAAAGCGGCAGACAUUGUUGCAGUUCAUCCGGCGACUCAUCUUGACCCACGCCAUCCUGGUGUUCGAAAGGGUGAACUUGGGACAGCAUCGCUUCGUAAAUCGAACGCCGAGUUCCAUGCCCCGCACAGCUUUUCACUUGUGACAACAGUCCAUCAAUCCUUCCCAACGGGAACAUUCAAAGAUAGUGAUGGUGGCGAAAACAAAUGGUAUAGCGGUGAGGGCAAUGAAAUCCAAUUCAAGACUUUGGAUUUCGAAGCGGCCACUGAGGGCGAAUAUUGGCUCAUUUUUCGGGGCUUUUUGCUUCUCCAUAGAGAUGCCACAGUCGGGAGAUUUGCUUCAGAGCGAAGAGCUGGAAUUGGAGGUGGAAACAGAAACCGAUCCGAAGUCGACGACAGCGACAACUGUGACUAUGAAAACAUGCUACACCGUGAUGAAUUCACUGAGCCCUCCACAGUCGGCUGUAUUGAAAAAUUGGUUGUCAAGCUCCGAAAGCUGGAUGCAACCUACCUUGAGGGUGACAUGAGUGCUGGUGCUACAUCUCCUCCAUCCGAUUACUUUCUCGGCUUCAAGUCCCCUGGUACACAGAUAUGGAGCCGUCUGCGACUCGCAGGUCUUGAAACCCAACGACUUUACUCGGUCAACACCAACAAGGUGAUGAUCAAAGUGAGAUGCCCAGAAGAUCGACUGACUGAUGUUGCUGAAGUACUCCGUCUACAUUUGAAGACCAAAGAUGGGGGAUUUGCACCGUUCCGAGAAGACACUGCAACUCAUUUUGUUCCCAAGGAGGAUAUGCUUGAUGUUCCUGCAAUUUACCAAGGGAAAAUGGCGUCGCUGUUGGGUUCAAAAGAUCGCCAAACCAUCAUCGACUUUAUCAUCGGUUCUCGAAUUAGAGAUUCUGGUGCUGAAUUGGCACAAACCUCCGAUCUUGGAAAGAUGAUUCAAUCAAGGGUACCGCUACAUAUGCCCCAUAAAUUGGAAGCUCUCUACAACGUUUGGGUGACAUACUGGAAACGUGAGAAUUGGACAGGCAAAGACUGGACCGGUCUAACAGAUGACGAUGACACGGUGCAUAGUGAAUAUGGUGGGGAACCAAGACGAAUCGAGGACAAGUUUGUCCCAGGCGGUUUAACAAGAUUUUUGUUUGGUGCCUUCCAUCAACCUCUGGACGCAAUUGAAGAAUACCUUGGCGAACAGGUUGCUUUCUAUUUUGCCUGGUUGGAACACUGCUCGUGGCACUUGUUAGUAAUGACAGUCCUCGGUUUGAUUGUCACUGCGUGUCAGCUUUCCAGUAGCGAUUUUGACCAUUGGAUCCGCCCCUAUUUCGCAGUGGCAGUUAUGAUUUGGACUUUCAUGGUGCUGAUCAACUGGCGUAAGAGAAAUAGCUAUCUUGCACAUCGAUGGGGAAGCUUGGACGUGAAGGUCCAAGAAACACCAAGACCCGAAUUCUAUGGGGACUAUGUCAUCGAUGAGAUCACGCAAGAAUGGGUGGUCAAAUAUCCAGCAUGGAAGAGAUGGAUCAAAUACUUGAUAAGCGUUCCGAUUUCCCUUCUCUUUACGAUUUCGGUGAUGAUUCUAAUUUUGAAUGUGCAUGCGAACCGGGAUCUUCAGAUGGCAAAUUACGUUGAACGGCUAUCAAAUCCUGAUGUAGAACGCUUUCAGUUUGAGUGGAAACUCAGUCAUAUUGGUCAGAAGGCACCUAUUAUUGAGAUCCCGAUCACAAGGGAACUGCUUCUUGAUCGGCAUUUUUGGGUUGCUCUUGGGGCUUUGCCGGUGAUGCUUGGCCUCUCCAUUCCACUAAUGAAUGUGCUUUUGAUGAUGGUGGCAAACAAGCUCACUAGUUUUGAGAACUACCGAACUGAAUCUGAGUACAGAACUCAUUUGGUGAUCAAGGUGUUCAGUUUUCGUUUUGCUAGUCAGUUUGGCACCGUAUACUAUUAUGCUGCAGUUUCUCAAGGCUCACGUGGAGCUAUCGAGAACGGGGUCAUUCGUAUGGGCACCAGUCUCAUCAUGUACACGACCAUCUCAUAUUAUUGGAACAUCAUUCUGCAGGUCUAUUUCUUUAUGCUCAUUCGGAAUAUUCGACACUUCUUCUACAAGAAGAAGUUACAAAAGGAACUUCGAAAUAUAGAGAUCGAAGAAGAGCUCUUGGACAAUAGCAAAGCUUCUGAUGUUGCUGCACAUGAAAUGAAGCUAAUAAACAAACGUAUGCUUCUGGAUCAAGCACAGGACGACGCAUGGUUCGAGGUAAUGCGUCCAGGGCAUGAUAGCUUUCCUGAGUACAUCACUUCUGUGCUCCAGUUUUCGAUGGUCGCUUGCUUCAGUGUAGUCUUGCCCAUUACACCGCUGUUCGUCUUGAUAAAUUAUCUCAUGAGCAUGCGUUUCGAUGCCUACAAAAUCUGCCGUGGAAGACAACGACCUUUGUCACAGAAGACUGGAGGAAUGGGAAUUUGGGAAGACUUGCUGCAUAUUGUCGCCGUUGUUGCAGUACUUACCAAUUGUACUCUGAUUGCUUUCACGAAUUCUGAUUUCAUCGACUUGACAAAGAGAGUCGGUAGCAUGGGAAUUUUUGUGAUUGUCGUUGGUUGGGAGCAUUUGAUGCUGUUGAUCAAGUACGUAAUGCAGUCAGUGAUUUCUCCGCAUCCGAAAUCAGUGAGAGAUAAGCUUAAGAGUGAACAGCAUCAGCAGGAGACAGAAAGAUACUCAGCAAUGAGAUUGAAAAACGGUAUCAAGAAGACAGCAUCUCAACGAUCCCUUUUCAGACGAGCAAAGAGAGAAAAGAGUGACGAUGAAUGCGCAUCACUUUUAUCGAACGACUGCGCAACUCCAGAAAUUGACGCAUUCGAAGACGAAAGCCAGCGUUCACUGUACAGUUGCUAG